ACUGCAGUGUACUCUGUCUCUCUCAUGUACCCUGGUCACGUGAUGCCAAGAGCGAGAGGCAGUUGUUACCAUAAUCUUGCGAUUCAAUUAUGGAUGAUGAAAGUGAUGUUUUGAUCGAAGAAGAUUAUUACUCGUUUUUAAAUAUACCAAGAGAUGCUACGAACGAGCAGAUCAACAAUGCCUACCGUCACCUCAGUCGCAUGUACCAUCCCGACAAGCAUGUGGAUCCGGAGAGGAAGAAGGAAGCAGAAAUUCUUUUCAACAAGACUAAGAAAGCAUACGAAGUCCUGAGCGACCCCCACCGGCGGGCUAUCUACGACACGCUGGGCACUCGGGGGCUGAAGGCUGACGGCUGGGAGAUCGUGCAGAGGACCAAGACGCCACAGGAGAUCCGCGAGGAGUACGAGAGGCUUGCCAGGGAGCGCGAGGAACGUCGGCUGCAACAGCGCACCAACCCUAAAGGCAAUGUCACGGUCCACAUCAAUGCGACUGACCUCUUCAGCAGAUACGAGGACGAUCUGGAGUACGAGAAUAUAGAGCCGGGAUGGUUCCCCACGGUGGAGGUGUCGGGGAUGAGCUUCUCGCAGUCGACGGAGGCGCCGAUCACACUGCGGGACACGGUGACGCUGUCGGGGCAGCUGGCGAUGCACAACGGCACGGGGCAGGGCACGGUGGGCGCUACGUGCCGCCACCUGCUGUCCGACAGGGGCUGGGUGGAGACGGAGAUCGGCAUCGGGGGAGGACCGAUGCUGUCGCUGCGGACGUUCCGGACGCUGAGCAAACGGACGUUCGCGAAUGCCGGCAUGACCUUUCAGUCCACACCGCACGGCCUGAGGCCGGGCUUGGUCUUGACCCUCGCGACGCAGCUGGACCGGCACACCGUGGGCUACCUGACGUGGCGGGUGGGCCCGCAGUCGGCCAUGUCGACGACGGUGGUGCGAGACACGCCCGAGUCGCACGCCUCGUGCACGCUGCAGUUCGGUGUGCCGCACUCGUACCUGGGCGCCAGCUACAGCCGCAAGAUGGAGGAGCGCGAGAUGAAGCUGAGGGCCGCUGCCAGGGCCGGCACGUUCGGGGCUCUGGUGGAGGUGGGCUGCGAGAAGAAGGUGUCGGAGCACAGCAGCGUGUCGGCCGCCGUCACCGUCGGGCUGCCUGUCGGCGUCUCUCUCAAGCUCAAGCUGGGCCGCGGUUCGCAGACGUACGUCAUGCCGAUACACCUGUGCGAGGAGGUGCUGCCGGCGCCCGUCUUCUACGCCACCGUCACACCGAUCGUCAUCUGGGCGGUCGUCAAGAAGCUGGUCGUCGACCCGAUCGCGCGGGGUGCCGCCCAGCGCGAGAAGGAGCGCCAACGGGAGGCGAACAAGGCCAGAAUGGCAGAAACGAGACGAGAAGCACAGGCUGCCGUCGAGCUGAUGAGGGCCACGUUCGCACGUGUCCGCGCGGACGAGGAAGCCCGCCGGGGGCUGGUGGUGGUACGUGCCCUGUACGGCCGCCUGAUGCCCACCACCGCAGGCGCCUCGACCUCGGGGGGCGGUGCAGCGGUGUCAGACGUCGAAGACGACGUGGGAUCCCCAGAAGAGGUGAUCGACGUGACGGUGCCUCUGCAGUGCCUCGUCCGCGACUCACAACUCGUGUUGCACGAGUCCUCCAAGAGUCAGCUGCCUGGAUUCUACGAUCCGUGCCUGGGGGAGGAGAAGGCCCUGCGUGUGCAGUACACGUACCACGGGCUGCUGCACGAGGUCACCGUCGGGGAUACUGAGUCUGUCCGCCUGCCCAAGCAAGCCCACCGCCUCAACCCGACCACCUGACGGCCGUCCCCGUCGUAGUGCCCGUAGUGCGGCGCGCCGGCAGCUCGGCGGCCCGACCCGGGGGAGUGCGGCUGCAGCUGCGGGUGCCGACCGUACUCGGGGUGCCGCUCUCCGCCCGGCAGGCGCCUGCCUCCGCGCCGACUUUGCAGACCUCUCGUACUGCGUAGUCUGCCGCAGCUCGCCUCGAGCUCAUUGUAAAUAAGGGAACCUCUCCCGCACUGUCGUUCUGAUAGCGGUUUCGAAAUAAAUAAAAAGUGAAUGUUUA